AUGCUUACAUCUAUUCCAUCUAGAUUUGCAGCAAAUGUUUUAUUGUUCAAUGCCUCACCACGCAUUAACAACAACACAGUUAAGCUUCUUAAAGAAGUUAAAUGCGGUGUUGAAUCUGUUGGCAAAACAGCAGAAAUUGUUCAUUUAAGUAAGAUAAAACAUAUGCCUUGCCAGUCGUGCCUCGCUUGUAAGCGUUUUGAUUCACCAAACAAAUGUAUUAUCAAAGAUCAAUUGUCUAAAUACCUUGAUCAACUACAUGAAGUUGACGCAUUUGCAAUCGCUUCUCCAAUUUACUUUGGAAACUUUGCAACAAACUACUAUUCUUUUGUCGAACGUGCAUUUUAUAGCAAUUAUACGUACAGCAAAAAGGGUCUUAAUAAAUUUGGUCGUAAGAUUAAGACAGGAAUUCUUGCCUCAAUGCAUUGCGAUGAAGAAUUGGCAAAGAAAUUGUAUACAAAUUUCUUGAAUUCUCAAAGGUCAACCUUUGAAAGGAUUUUUGGAUCAUGCACAUUAAUUACAAGCAAUAAUCAAUUGAUCACACCGAAAGCUAAUAUCGAUUAUGAUAUGACAUUUUUCGAUAUUGAAAAAAUGAAAGAAAAUCUCAAAAAGCAAGAUCCAAUUGUCCUUAAGCAAUGCUUUGAUUUAGGUGUUAAUUUGGCAUCUGAGUAA